AUGUCCAACCCAACACCCACACCCAUCAUAAUCGGCAUAGGCGAUAUAAUUAAUCGCUCUUUAAAAAUAGAAGAUGCGAUAGAACCGUUGGGGCUAAUGCUUCAAGCGGUGGAGAAAGCGUUGUUGGAUACUGGGGUUGAUGGGUUGGGAUGUGGUUGUGGUUGUGUUAGUGGAGAUGGAAAUGGAUGUGGAGGUAAAGAAAGAAGAUUGAGGGAGAUGGUGGAUGAUGCGAGGGUAGUGGCGAAUUGGACGUGGGGAUAUGAGGAUAUUUGUGGAAGGGUUUUGGAGGGGGUUAGGGGGGGUGUGGGUGUGGGUGGUGGUGAUGGGGAUGGGGGGAUAAAAGGGGAGGGGAGGAAAAUGAGGAAGCAGAGGAAGGAGAAGAGGGAAAAGGGAGUAUAUAUGGAAGAAUCAGAACAUAGGGGUACCUCACCAGUUAAAAUGAUCGAUGAAGCGUUAAUAUCAUCCGUAACGAAAACCGGUACUUAUCCAAAACAUUGGACGCCGCCAACAAGUGAUCCAAGGAGAAGUUUGGUUUUGCCGAAGGGUGUCGAGAGCACAAUUCACGACAUCAGCCUCCCAAUCCAGAUCUACCCGCUCUACGAAAACGCCUUCCGAGCCCAUCGUCACCAAACACCCCUAGAAAAUAACACCGAAUCGGCAAAACUAUAUGCGCAAUUUGCAGAUGUCGCGGCUAGUAAUGAGUAUGCGUGGAAUAGAGAGCAGGCGAAGAAUUUGAAUGAGGAGAGUAUUGGGAAGGUGGGGAAGGGGAAUAGGAUGAUUUGUUGGCCUUAUCCCCUCUUAAUGAAUGCAUUCAAUAACGUUAACAUGGCCGCAAGUUGCAUCAUUACAUCUGUUGAAAUCGCUAGAGAACUUGGGAUUUCGGAAGAUAAAUGGAUAUAUCCACUAGGUGGUGCGGGAAUGAAAGAAAGGGAAAAUUUCUGGGAAAGACCAAACUUCUAUUCGAGUGAAGCAUUGGAAAUAUCUCUCGAUUCGGCAUUGGCUGUUUCGGGAUUGAGGACAGAAAAUGUUGAUCUAUUCGAUUUCUAUUCAUGUUUUCCGGUCGUGCCCAAAAUGGCAGCUCAUCACUUGAAGAUUCCAAUUUUAGAUCCUCCGAAACCAAUCACUUUGUUGGGUGGAUUAACAUCUUUUGGUGGUGCGGGGAAUAAUUACAGUAUGCAUGCAGUAACAGAAAUGUCACGGCAACUACGCAGCAAAAGAGUACAAGCAAGUAAAGACAAGAAUGAAGGAGCCUUCAAUGGACUGAUUUUAGCAAAUGGAGGGGUAUUGACAUAUCAGCAUGUCAUAUGCCUAUCCACACAACCAAGAAGUGACGGAAAAGGGUAUCAAGAUGGCAAUCCUUGUCCUAGUAUUGUCCAGAGUAUCCCACUACUACGUUCUAUGACAAAACCGCCCAACGAAUGGUCAUCAAGUGAUGAUAAAACCUUGAUAGCAGCACGUGAACAAAGAAUGAAUUGGGGGCCUAUUCAAGCAGCCUACUUUCCACAUAAAAGCCCCAACGCUUGUCGAAAGCGUCAUGAAAAUCUGAUGAAGCGCAAACCUAGUAAUGAUAAGGAUGGCUCGGAUUGUAUUGGCUCGGAAGGAGUUGGGAGUGGGAUUUGGGAAGGAGUAAUUGAGACAUAUACGACACAGUUCUCUCGUACUAAUGAGCCUGAAAUUGGGUUCAUAGUUGGUAGAUUGAAGUAUAACGGAAAGAGAUUUGUGGCGAAUGUUGGAGAUGGAAAGACAUUGAACAAUAUGAUCAAGAAUACUGAUGAGGUGAUUGGAAAGAGUGGUUGGGUAUGGAAGGAAGAAAAUGGGAAGAGAAAUCUAUUUGGAUUGGAGAGGGGCGCUAGUUUGUGA